AUGGAAAUCUACGUCUUGAAGCACGUCCGCCACGACAACGUUGUCAACUACGUCGAUUUUUACCAAGACGAAACAUUUCUCUAUCUAGUCAUGGAGUUGCAUGGCACGCAAUGGUCAUCGUCUUCUUCAUCAGCACCUAAUGAUACCAUGCAUUGCGACAACAGCGACAACGACAGCGUACCACCACACUCACCAGCACUCUCGCAAGCAUCGGAAGAAUCUUGCAUGUCCUCUCCCAGCACACCCACCGAUGAAUACCCACCACAGCUGUACCGUCGACGCACGUCCUGUGAUCUUUUCGAAUGUAUCGAACGCCAUCACAACUUUGACGAGGCCCUUGCAAAGAAAAUCUUCCGACAGAUCGUCGAAUGCAUUGCCUAUCUUGAUACCCUGGGCAUCUGUCAUCGUGACAUCAAAGAUGAGAAUAUUGUCAUUGAUGAUCAAUACAGAGUCAAGCUGAUUGACUUUGGUUCGGCAGUUAUUCUCCCCCGUCACUAUGGCCAGCAAAAGACAUGCUACUUUAGCAAGUUCUACGGCACCGUAUCCUUCGCAUCCCCCGAGAUUCUGCUGUGCAAGCCAUACCGAGCCGAGCCUGCUGAAAUCUGGGCAUUGGGUGUCCUGCUUUACACAAUCCUCUUUGGUGAAGUCCCUUUCACGGAUCCAAGCAUGGCCAUCGCAGGUCGUUUCGCCACGCCAAAGAUUCCAGUAUCGUAUGAGUGCAUGCAUCUUCUGUCGAACCUGCUGCAGCAAUCCCCGGAGAAGCGUCCUAAUAUCCAUCAAGUCCUGUCGCACCCAUUUCUCCGUGACUAAAUCAGUAAUGCCGCCUACUGAUAUUACCAUUACUACUACAUAUUCUCUACUACUAUCUCUUUCCAUCCACGCACACAUACACACCACCUUUCAAAAGAUGCGCUCCUCCUCCGCUCCCAGAAACGAUCACCCCCUUUUCUCAUUAUCU